GCAGCGACAAUAAUAUUCUUUAUUGUCUGCGAGAUCGGCUAUCGCGAUUCAUGUACAUAAAUGUACAUAGAAAUGUUUUUUGUUAAGUGUUGAACCUGCAUCGGGCAUUAUUUCAUAAUGUUUUGAAUAUUGUGUCUGAGUAGUGCAGUGAUAUAAAAAUGUGGAUCCCUUUAAAAACUCCUAAACUUGGAGUUGCUGUAUACAAUUGGAAAGGAGAUGUUAAAUCGGGCUUACCCUUAGAAAUUGGAGAGACUGUACAAAUCCUGGAAGAAAAUGGAGGCUGGUUCAGAGGAUUCAGCACUAAAAACAGAUCAGCAUGGGGCAUAUUUCCAUGCUGUGUGGUGACUAUUAGACCAUGCACCAUCAAAGGCUCUGGCUUAUCAGCUGUGGCAGAGUUAAAAGAUGACCCAUUAGUUCGAGAAAUAGCCUGUGUGCUUAGGGAAUGGGCUCGACUGUGGAAGAAACUUUAUGUUGAGCGGGAAACAUAUAGGUUCAGUGCUGUAGCGAAAGUGAUGCGGGAAUUGCUAAGUGGCCGACGGGCGUUACUUACUGGUACAUUAACCCAAGAUCAGACGAGGGCAUUACGGCUUAAACUCGUCGCUAAACUCGACUGGGGGAAUCGGAAACUGGGAUUGGAGCUGGUGCCCCGACGUGGUGCUGAAGCAGUGGACCCUGAAGAGACGAGCUUGGUGGAGUUGUACGGGGUCCACGUAGAGAGUGCAGAACGGGCUGCAGCAUGGCGUGGAACACUCCGCCGAGCUGGUGGUUCUGGCAGCAGCUUCAACUCGACCCUCACGAUCACACCAACCGCUCAGUCCCACUAUCUUAUGUGUAGUAUGAGGGAUUUUGGACACACAGCUGGUGGUGAUGAAGCCGAGCUGUUGCUAUGGUUACACGAUGCGAGGAGAUCACAGCCGCUGUCAGAGAGAUUUCGAGUUCGCAUCGCAAGGGAUGGCUUCUCGAACUAUAUAGACCGACUGCAUGCAAAUAGUACUCUUUUUGCGGACCUCUCAGCGACGGAUCUGUCUCGUGAGUUAUGGCUUGUGGCAUGGGUUAUUCGUGUGGGGAGGUGGUCAGGCGCAGGUGGCAUGGGUAGCGGGACAGGGGAACGUCGAGGGCCGAUAGCAAGGAGGCCUCUAGGGGCUGGGGUGCUGCCUCUAGCGGAGUUUUUGAGGCAACCAGAACAGCCUUCUGUGGAAAAGGAGUAUACGUUUAAGGUGUACCAAUGUGAGGAGAAAGAUUUUCACCAACUUCACGACAUGUUAAUACGCAAACAGACAAACAAAUGCAAUAUUUUACCAGGACAGCCGAACUACGGCAUCGUAGUAGCCUUAAGGCUGCUAACCAAUCAAGGCAGUAUAUCUGAGGCUGUGGCAUCCGGAGCUACUGUGACCGCUAAAAGGGGAUUCCCCGACGUCAUAAUGCCAGGAGAUGUCCGAAACGAUCUCUACUUGACAUUGGAAAGGGCAGAGUUCGAAAGAGGCGGGAAGAGUACGGCGAAAAAUGUCAUGGCGACUGUUACUGUGCACGAUAAUACCGGACAAGUUAUUAAUGAUUGCGUUUGGGGCGCCAGUGGAACGGGUUCUACGUUAUACGAGUCGUUAGUCCUGUAUCACAACAACAGCCCAGCUUGGGGCGAACAGUUACGCCUCACCGUUCCCUUGGAGACGUUCACUCACGCGCACGUUCGGAUCGAGUUUAGGCACUGCUCAACACGUGAUAAGAACGAAAGGAAACUGUUCGGUUUCUCGUUCGCGCGAUUGAUGGAGGCAAGUGGCGCCACCCUCAGGGACGGAUCACACGAGUUGCACGUUUACAAGUGCGACGAUCCCACGAAGUUAUUAACAGCUAGCUAUCUAUCUCUGGCUUCUUGCGCUAAUGAUACCGCGCGUGCGUCUUCUACAAAUGGAGUGGUUGCAUCGUUUCCUAGGAGUACCAAAGAAAAUUGUACAAUUAGUACAGUGCUAUGUUCGACCAAACUUACUCAAAAUGAGGAUCUCCUGGCAUUACUCCAAUGGCGGGCGCAUCCUGAGAAAGUGCAGGAAACGUUGCUUCGAGUUUUGCGAUUGGGAGACGGACUCAGUUGCGAAGAGCUCAUUAAAUUCCUUCGGGAUGUUCUGGACGCAUUAUUUGCCUUGUUUUCUACUGAAGAUGGAAACAGCACACCUCAUUCCGGCACAGUGUUCCUGGUGCUUGUUUCGAUUUGCAGCCUUCUGGAUGAGAGCCGAUUCCAGCAUUUCCGACCUGUUCUCGACGUUUAUAUCGAGGAGCACUUCUCAGCUGCACUUGUUUAUAAAGGUUUACUCUCGUCCGUGCAACAUUGCGCCGAAUGGGCGGCAGGCGCUGAAGGGCAGGAACCUAUCCGCAAAUGCCUGCGGUCCCUAGGGGCCGUCUUCAGAUUGGCCGUUCGAUCGCGGUGCUUGUUCUCCCGAGCCACGGGAGGACAGUACGAAGACAGCUUCAGAAGGGAUGUCCGGGCUGCCUUGCACGCUUUGAAGGCGCUAGCUCAGCACCCGCAUAGGGAACAUUUGGCGCCUGCGCAGGUGGCCCUAAUGACAUCCUGGGCAAGUGUGGCCAAAGAGGUAUCAUCAGCUCUCGGGCCAGUGGAAGCUGCGAGGAUAUCGGCUUCCAUUUUGGAUGCAUUUGCUGCUAAUGUUCCCGCGCCAUUGGCUAGAGCCAGAUUAGCGGCUGCUCAGGAGAUAUUGAAGGGACCACUUGGACAGGAGCCAGAAGCAAGGAACAUAGUCCUGACAACCGCCUGCCACCAUCUCCGUGUACAUUUGGCUAGAAGAGACGAAUUAACGCAAUGUGCUGAUAUGUUGAGCGAGCUGGUGGCGCUUCUAUGGAGGAAGGAGGACACUGAACAGCUGGAUGAAGAUGAGCUGGACCCAGAUGUCGAUGUCCUGUGUCUGAACACGCUGGAUGUCUUGGUGGAAACUGUUUUGCAUCUCAUCGGUGGAAAUUCCCCUGUGCUUGGUUCAAUGGUGGCUGGAUUACUUGGUGUGAUGGAGUUGUUGAAGCCCGCUCAUUACCAGCGAUUGUGGAGCCAUCUAGCGCCGCAUCCUCACGACAGGAAGCCUUUGAAGGACUUCUUGAUGCGAGCAUUCCUUGUCUUCAGGCAUCUCGUGGAACAAGAUGUUUUUCCAUCUGACUGGAUGGUGCUUCGCGUACAAAGUUGCAAGGUGUUGUUAUCCGCGUUGCAAGACUUGGCUAAGCCGCUUUUGGAGAGAUUUUUGGGAGAUGAACCGCCGCAAUUUGAUUCUCAACUCUGGUCCGGGUAUAUGGAACUCGGAGUCGCCCUGGUAACCUCGAGUGCGUUGCAGACCGAAAGAUGGACUGGCAGGGGCCCCGAUAGGGGAGGCAUGAGGGCUGCAGCUGGUCUGCAAGUGCUGGCUGUCUGGAGUAGGCUUGGAGCCGCACAACUCCAACUAAUUGGCGCGGCGGUUGGUGCCUUACUGGAAAUAACGCUAGUGGGAGAACUUCGGAGAGCGGCGUUAGGCGCUUUAGUCGCCUUGAUGGCAGCCGAAAGGGCCGCCACCGGAUCCGCGAGACGCACCGAAGCGGCCCUGGUCGAUAAAUUGGACUCGUUGGUCGCCGACAAUAAGGCAGAUGAUCAUUAUCGACGCUUGUUUGAUACCGUUCUCAUGGAGCGAGUGUCGACGGAAGGCUGGCGCGAGGCAGGUGCCGCCUUCGUGGGCUGCGUGACCAGGCUUUUGGAGCGUCUGCUGGAUUACCGAGCCGUGAUGCAGGGCGCGGAGCAUAGGGACAAGAGGAUGUCGGCUACUGUUAAUUUGCUGAAUUUCUACAAGAACGAAAUAGAUCGCAAGGAGAUGUACCUUCGCUACGUCUACAAACUGCACGAUCUUCACAUCGCUUCGGACAACUUUGUUGAAGCCGGUUGUACGCUGCUGCUAUACGCAGAAACCUUGAGCUGGGACAGUGACCAGAUAGGAGUGGACUCGGAGCACCCGGAAACUCCAGAGUGGAAGAGGAAGGAGGCGCUAUACAAUCAAGUGUUGCAAUACUUUGACAGGGGAAAGUGUUGGGAAAAAGGUCUACCGCUACUUCGGGAGCUGGCAACACUAUACGAGUCCAAAUUGUGUGAUUACGCCCGAUUGGCUCAAUGCUUGAGGACGCAUGCAACAUUCUUGGACUCGGUGUUAAAUGAACUCAGACCAGAGCCUGAGUACUUCAGAGUCGGGUUCUAUGGAAAGGGAUGUCCGCUGUUUGUCAGGAACAAGCAAUUCGUGUACCGCGGCUACGAGUACGAGCGCAUCGGUGCGUUUACGCAGCGUCUCCAAGCGGAAUACGUGUCCGCUCACAUCCUGAUGAGGAACACGCCGCCGGACGAGUCCGUCAUAGCGGCAGAUGGACAGUAUAUCCAAAUAUGUAACGUGAAGCCAGUCGCGUCGAUCCACUCGUGUCCAACGAAUGCGCCUGAGCAAGUGAAGCGGUUCUACGCGUUCAACGACGUCGAUACGUUCCUUUGCGAUCGGCCUUUGCAGAAACCGCCCAUCGAUAAAGACAACGAGUUUAAGAGUUUAUGGAUAGAACGCACGACUUUGGUAACAGAAAAUACAUUACCAAAUAUUUUGAGGUGGUCGGAAGUUGUCACCAGAUCCGUCGAAGAAAUACCACCAGUUGAGUUUGCGUGUGAAACAAUGGAAGCAACUGAACGGGAACUGCGAAAUCUCAUAUCUCAAUACACGGCCGAUCCGACGCGAAACAUAAACCCAUUCACAAUGCGUCUGCAAGGAACCAUCGACGCUAACGUUCAAGGCGGGAUAACGAAGUACGAGCAAGCGUUCCUGACCGCGGAAUUCGGAAGAAAUGCCUCAGCCAGGGAGGCAACGGCUGCUGCAAAGCUGAGGAGGCUGGUUUCUUCCCAAUUGGCCGUUGUGGAAGCGGCUCUAGCUCUGCAUGGACGGUUGGCGCCAGAAGAAGUUAAGCCGUUGCAUAGACGUUUGGUCGAGCGUUUUACCCAGCUUCGUCAAAAUCUUGGGCCGGGAUUGGCGCGCGCUAGAAGGCAGCUAUCGGAGAGUAUUGUCAACACCCCAUUGCCCCCUGUCCCGGCAUUGGACAAGCGAUCUCACAGUAUACAACAGAAUGAUGGAUAUUACGAUGACGCCCAUUUCUAUAACAAACCCAUUUACUCGAUCGACGACUCCCUGGAUCAGCAGGGCAGUAUAAUGUCCAGUAGUCUACCAGCCAAUGACGGCCGGGAGUGCGAUGACGUCAGCAGCAUGGUCAAGUCGGCGCCGCCUCUUCCUUGCAGGCCUAAAAGUGACCCACGGAGUCCCACGCGACCUGAUAAGAUAUAUCGAGAUCCAGUCGAAGAAGAAGUGGAAACGCGUAGACACAGCCGUGCGUCUUGGACCGAACAUGACGCUCCUCCUUUACCUCCUAGAGUAUCAGGUGAAAAGAAAUCGUGGGGCGAAGCUCCCGCAGUGCCGAGACGAGCAGCGCGAAGCACCGGAGCCACGGACGAACGCGACUCAGGCGUCAGCGUAGACGCGCACGCGUAUACCAAUGCGGACGAGCACAGACAUAAUGAUCUUGAUCUAGUGGAAUCUCUGCGGUACGAAGAGAUCAUUUCGAUGAUGUCGGAGCCUUUACGGGUUGACGAAGGUGAGACUCCUCCGCCUAUACCUCCGAAGGGUUUGGGACACCUCAGCAGUUUCGAUUCGGGGCAUCAUGAAAAUGGCGAGUCUCAUUGCUAAACUUUUACCAAAUAUUCCAAGGUUUAUUUUCACGUAUGUAUUCGUUAAAUGACGUACGUAUAUUUAUAAAAGACAUUUUUUGACAUGUAUUUUGAUCAUUUUGACAGCUUUUUGUUACUACUUAGCAAAACUUUAUAUGAAAUCAAUUAAAUAUAUAUGUAUAAUAAUAAAAUAACAAAUUAAAAUAAUGCGUAAAAAGAUCCAUACUUGCCAAAAUUUGGAAUAACUUACACAAAAAUAUUUUUAAGCCGGAAUCAUUGUGAUGUUUUUUUGUAAGUCAUAUUUUUCUUAUCUACAUGUGAAGUUAUAUAUUUAAAUAAUGAUUAAUAUUUUUGUAUAUUAUGUUUUACCAGUCUCGAACAUGUUGGAUAUAUUUAAAUAUGAAGUCAGCAGUUAAUAGAUAUUAGUGCCAUACAAAUGCAAUUUAAAAACAACUUAUAAUUUGUUUAUAUGAUCAGAUAAAGUAUAUUUUUUAUUAAUUUUUAUUUAAGUGAUAUAGUAUGAAAUCAAUACAAAUUUAUUUAAUAUUACUAGAAUGUUUAGUUUUGCACAAAAUUAGUAGAUUUAGGUUAAUAUAACAGCCAAUAUUAAAUAUGUAAUUAUUUUUUAAGCUACAGCGAUAAUUAAGAGCAUUUGCUUAAUAAUGCGAUUGUUAUCCCUGAGGCCAUAGGAUCGAUCCUCUGCACCAAUAGACUUUCUGCCUAUGUUAAAACAUUCGCUUGAUCGGAAAACAUCGUGAGGAAACGAGCCUGCCUUAGACCCAAAAAUUCGAUGGCAUUUGUCAGGCACAGGUGGCUGAUCACCUGCAUGCCUAUCAGAUUGACAAAUGAUCAUGAAGGAUACAGAAAUCUUAGGCCCAGACCAUUUUAUAGAAAAUAAUAAUUAAUGGCUGAAGUUUCGCUCGAUUCUGGUUCAUAUAUCUUUUAUGAGCACGCACACAUUUGAUAUAAUUUUUGUGUCAGGCGUUUCAAAAUACAAUACUAUUUAAAUUAUAAUGUUUCUAAACUAAUUAUUUUAUAAUCCUGUUUUUCUAUGAAUUUACGAAUAUAAUAUGGUUUUAGUCUGCCAAAUGAAUUAUAUUUUUGAUGGCUGUUAAAUUUUAUGAUGUUUGUACAUUUUUGGAUUUUUUUUACAAAUGUAUUUGUGAUUUAAUUGACACUGAUUAUUUAAAUUUUAUCUUGUAUUUGUUUUAUUAAUAAUCGCGACGAUGAUCAGGAAAAGAUUCUCUAAAAAAUAUUCCAUAUUAUAAACUAUGAGGACUUUGGCGUAUGGAAUUAUUUUUCAUUAGUAAAAUAAGUUUUUGAAUUUUUUAAAUGCAAUUGAAUAAUGCAUUUUUGAGAUUUGUAUUAUCUAUAAUGUCCAAAAAAUAAACGUAAGAUAUAACUCCUUUUGAAUUCGGCUUUGAAUUUAGAUCUCUUCAACAAAAUCCCUCUAUGAAUUUAUUAUUCAGUAUUUAAUUUUUUAGCUUUAAGACUAGUACUAUCAGCAAAGUCAAAAAAAGUCGAACAUAUUGUAUGCGAGAAAUAUUUUGGAAAUUUAAGUACAUUAUUUUCAACUUGCAGUUCGUUCUAACGACACGUGAUUUAGUUAAAUUAUUCUUAUGAGACUAUAGUUUUUUUUUAUAAACACAGCUAAAAAGAUUUGAAAUUCUUCCACAAAUACUUAUGUGUGUUAUAUUUGCUGAUAGUACAUAUUUAGUGGAUUUAGAAUAUGUAAGAGCCAUAAUUAAUACAUAAGAACUAACUGUUAAUUAAUAAACAAAUCUAAAUACGCUGUUUUGUGUCUUUCUGUCACAAAUGUAACGGAAAGAGACAGUGUAUUUUUACUGAUGGAUUUUGUAUUAUGAAAGAUUUUCUAAAAUUGUACUCUGAUUCCUAUAAAACUUCCAACUACACUUCCUGAAACAGUUUUGUAUUUUGUAACUUUCAUUUCAAGGAUUCUUAGUAUAUAAAACGAUUACAAACUUGAAUUAUAUUGACUUAUGAACGAGUGUUUUUAAGCCAUCGUUCUAAGCCAAAGAACAUUUUAUCUGUGUGUAUGUACACAAUUAAGAAUGGUUUAAAAAUCAAUGGUGUUCAACUCCAAAGUUAUUAAAAUCUUACACAAAAACGAUCACUUAAUUGUAAUUGGUCUAAAUGAACGUAUCGAGUCGCUUGUCUAUGAUUGGUCGAGAGGCUGACCAAUGAAAAUCAAACGAUAGGCUUUUGUUUUCACAAUAAAUACAAUCUAAAUACUUUUCAAGAACACUUUUGACCAUCAUGAGAUAGAUAUCAGUUUGAUAUGUACAAGACAUUUCUUCCUAACAAAAGUUUCAAAAUAUUACACACAAUGUCUUUCCAACAACCAGGUGAUAUUUUUUUAGUACAUCUAUUUUUAGAUAAUCUAACUUUCCAACGAACAAUUUUUGGUAAAUUUUAAUGUUUAAUAUUUCAUGUAUAUGUAAUUAAGUUUUAACGUACUGUAGUUACAUGUUGAAACGUGGGUUUGAGACAUUAUUUGUGUUAGACUUACUGUAUUGAAGAGCUUUUUUUAAUAGAGAUAAGAAACAUGUUACAACAGGCUACGCGCAGAACUUUCAUAUAAUUUCUUUUGCAGUCCGUGUCUUGAACUCAUUUUAGGAAGAGAAUCUCUUCUGCUGAGUUAAUUAUAAUUUCCACUUCAAAUAAUGUCUUAACUCACGUCAGUACACUGAAGUUACCGAAGAUGUGGCAAUCGACUGAUAUUAUUGCAUAGUUUUAAUAACAUUAUUUUACAUCCCUUACUUAUAAAACAUUUUGCAUUGUGGUGCGUUUUCCAAUACAUAUCAAGACGCAAUCAAUUUUAGACUUUAUUCCAAAAAAAAUUUUGUAUGACUGAUGUUGGCUCUUGAAAUUAGAUUGAAAUGUCUAAGUCAGAGUUCCCCAAACUUUUUUGUGUCGUAGACCCCUUGCCAUGUUUUUCCGUGUUGGGUAGACCCCUACUUACCUCAUAUUGAUUUCCUGUAAAUUUCUAACUGUAGUGAAGUUUAGUGUUAAAAAUAUAAAGUAAAAACACAUGUUAAUUUAUACUUUUAUUAAUUGAAUUUAAAUUGAAACUAUUCAAAAUAUGUUUUUAACUUCAUGGGUACUUUUACAAAUAAUGUAUAUGUUUUGAUAUUAUAAGACAGUAUGAUGUAAGUAAAUACUUACUAUCAGUGUAUGUGUUGAGAUCCACUAUCGUGGACCCCCUUUUCAUUUCAUGGACCCCCAAAUUUUUUUUCGCUGACGUAGACCCCUUGCAGGUUGUCAUAGACCCCUAGGUGUAGAUAUAGACCACAUUGGGUCUAAGGUCUAUAAAGGACGUUUUAAACAUUUGUCCAUAACUUCGAUAAGAUUUUAGAAGGCCAGCAACGCACAGGCACUGAGAGUGUCCUUAAACGGUAUCACACAUCAGAUGAGCGUCCUGCCUAUUUGCCUUUUGUUCUACAGAAACGGGAAUUAAAAAAAAACCUUUUACUUUUACAUUAUAUUAUAAAUUAUUUUUUUCUGUUAAAGUGUUCUUGCACUUUUGAUCUUUUAAGACAAUGUCAAACACACAGUCAAAUCUCAAGAGCUGUCAAAAGAUUUGACAGCUCUUGACACUAAAGUUUUGACACUUAAUGUAUUGGAAUACAGGUUAUCAUCAGAACAUGUUUAUAAGUAAGGGGAUUGUUACGAUUUCUCAGUAGUUAUAGCGUUUUAAUGUAAUUUAAUAUAACCAAAUAUUUCUUCGGCUAUUUUUGUAAGGUAUAAGAUUUAAUCGAUGUCGUCGCUCACAUUUGCGAAGUCCCGGUUGUGUUAACGGCUUUUGUACCGGGACAGAAUUGCUAAGACAUUCGUGGAUGGCUAUUAAUGUUGCCAGGAGAAAUUAAUGUUUAUUUAUGUAGGCAUAUCCUAUGAUUUCUCUCAAUAAAGUUUCCAAUAAAAAACAAAAAGUAUCGCGCCGCCAUGUAUUUAUAUUUAAAAUGACAGCUGGGAGUUAUCAUGUUUUUAGGAAUAUAUGUAUUAUUAUAAUUUAAGCUUUUUACUUCUGGCAACAUAUGUGAAAGCAAAUCAGUACAAAGUGUUAGAGGUUAGAAUGUGUAGUGUUGCAAUUAUAUACCAUUUCCAAAUUGUAUGCAUUUGAGCGAAAUAAAUAUUUAGACGAUUA